AACCAUGUAAGAAACAGAAUUUUCAGAUAUCGCUUUAUUUCAGAUGAUCACGUACAAAAACCAUUUCUUCGUGUCAUAAAUGUGCUUGUAUUUGCCCCCCGCCUCGGAUUUCGUUUUCCGCUCUUUUCCUGCCCCGUUUCCAUUCAUUUCACGACGGCUCCGCGCUGCGCUUUUGCUCUCCUCAUCCGCGAUUCUCUGUGGCCGUGGUGCAGUUCGCCGGAGUCCAAGCAGCCCCGGAGGAAAGCGCAUCUCCUGCGCUGUGCAAGCGCCGCGGCCCGCGCCUGUGCUGACAAUGGGGGGCGUGUCCCCGCAUCCCGAGCGCGUUCACCUUGCCCAGGUAAGCAGGCCGCGCCGGCGGCUUUGAGUGGCGGCCCCCGCACAAACACGCGUCUCUGUUUUCCCGUCGCUCCUCCCCCGCGGAGCGCUGUCGGGCGAAUGAGGUUGCUCUCCGGUGCAGGACCCCCUUCCUGCUCCAGUUUGCGGAGUAGAAGUCACGUUGGAGUGAGAGGAGAGGAGUGACUGGGGAGGGAGGGAGAGAGGGAGAGCGAGCGAGCGAGCGAGAGCCUUAUCCGUUUACAGGCGCUGCCAGAUAUCUGAUCGGGCUCGCAUGGCGCAGGGAAACCCGAUCGGCUGAAGCCCUGCCGAAACCAGGAGGAGUGACUUACCAGGAAGCAUAAAAAAAAAAAUGUCUUCUUCCUCGAGCGAUGUCAGAAGUGCCCACGAGAUCAAGAAGGAAGAUGUGAAGGCGGACAAGCGGGAGACCUCCAAGCAGCUGGCGCUGGACGCUGCGGGCUUGUCCAUGGAGCAGGCAACUUCAGCCGCAGAGCAGAUCCACGGCGAACUUCUGGCGAGCGCCGCCGCCUCCUCCCUGGCGUUUUCUCCGGAGCAAGUGGCGUGCGUCUGCGAGGCUCUGCAGCAGGGGGGCAACGUGGACCGCCUCGCCAGGUUUCUCUGGUCCCUACCUCAGAGCGACCUGCUACGUGGCAACGAGAGCAUCCUGAAAGCCCAAGCCCUGGUCGCCUUCCACCAGGCGCGGUACCAGGAGCUGUACAGCAUUCUGGAGAACCACAGCUUCAGCCCCCCCAACCACCCCUCCCUGCAGGACCUGUGGUACAGGGCUCGGUACACCGAGGCGGAGAAGGCUCGGGGCAGACCCCUGGGGGCUGUAGACAAGUACAGGCUGCGGAGGAAAUACCCCCUGCCCAGGACGAUCUGGGACGGCGAGGAGACGGUCUACUGCUUCAAGGAGAGGUCGAGAAACGCGCUGAAGGACCUUUACAAACAGAACCGGUACCCGUCCCCGGCCGAGAAGCGGAACCUGGCCAAAAUCACCGGGCUUUCCUUGACUCAAGUUAGCAACUGGUUUAAAAACAGGAGGCAGCGGGACAGGAACCCGUCCGAGGCGCAGUCAAAAAGCGAGUCUGAUGGUAACCACAGCACAGAGGAUGAAUCCAGUAAGGGGCAGGAUGACCUCUCUCCACGCCCCUUGUCCAACUCUUCUGACGGGAUGGCCAAUCACAGCACCCAUCCUCUGCCGGGAUCUACAGACAGCAUCAUCAUUCAGCAGAUUGGGGAAGCCAAGAUGUCUUCCAGUUCGGCCAGCAGCGCCGUCUUCAAUGGGAAUCUUGUCUCUACAAACGCCCCCUCAGUGUUCCUGAAUGGCAGCUCCUACCUUCAGGCUCCAAGUAACAUCCUCUUCAAUGGGCUAAACCUGGGUGGGUCCCAGCCCAUAACCCUCAAUGCACUUAGGCCUACCAACAGCCUUGUCAGCUCUGACAGCGCUAAUGGAGAGACUGUGCUGCACUCGUCUGAUGAGAAGGACUACAAGGUUCUCAAUGGGCCUGUGACGAACUCCGCCGUGCCUUACAACAUGAGCACACUGGGCUCCUCCUUCCCUGCCACCAUUCACGCUAGUGAGGUCAAAAUGGAGGGCUUGCAGACUCUGGCCUCUCAGGAUGGGAGCUCUCUGGUCACAUUCAGCACCUCCAACGGCCCACUGCACCUCAGCCAGUAUAGCCUUGUCCAUAUCCCCACCGCUGACACCAAUGGGCCCCUAGUCAAUGGAAAUAUCGGGCUGCCACAACUACAAAUGCCUCCUGUCUCCACAGCUCCCUCCCAUGGUAACGUUCUAUUGCACAAUGCCACUGGUGCUCCUGGAGACUCGUUCUCCAGCAGCUCAGCCUCCGUCCCUCAGCACGACAAACUGGUCCUGGCGCCCCUGCACCCCAGCACUGUCCUCUACACUCUGCCCUGUGCGCCGCCGGCCCCCGCCCCCACCGCAAUCAAACAGGAGCCGGCAGAGGGGGGGUUCUCCUUUCCUCCCGGAAUGCACCUGGAUCAAAGCGGGCAGCUGAGCCUCGGCUCGACACACCUCUCCGCCUCCGCGUCCUCGCCUCUGAGCGCCGAGGCGGCGCUGAACAACGCUUACGCCCCCUCGGUCCUCGGGCCCUCGGACCCUCUGAACUCUGGGAACGCAGCCGGCCUGUCGCCGCCUCCUUCCUCUCAGGCCUCUCCCGUGACCAUCAUCAGCUCCUCGAGCGCAGAGCCGGUGGGCAGUGCCAGCUAUACCACGCUGACUGUGGCAGCCAGCCCCGGGGCGCAGGCCGCGCACCACCAGGGCAUGGGGGCGGGGCAGGGGGGCGGGGCCAUUUCUGCAGAUUACAACGGCCAUCGAGUCCCCACGCUCGCGCACGCAUCCGGCCUGAAGGGCAACUUCCUCUCCAUAGCGGACAGCAAGCCCAGAGCGGAGAACCUGCUCCUGCGCACCAAGCCGGGCAUCAGCGACAUGGUGAGGGUCAUCUGCGGAGAGAUGGAGACGGAGGAGAAAGAGCUGGCCAAGCUACAAAAUGUGCAGAUGGAGGAGGACAUGAAUGACCUAUAACCUCUGUCAAAGGAUCUGCCUGUGGGAUGUCAUUUGUGUGGCAGCCUUUUGUUUUUUUCCUUAUAGUGUUAAAUUAUUUGCUUGUGCAUCUCACUGUGUUCACAACCCCAGCCCAAAUUAAUAAUGCAUUGACAACAAUUAGCUUGAUUGACCCAAGGAGUAAGUACACUUGAAUCUGAGGAGAAUGUGGCCAGCAGUCUUUCUUCUUAUGAAAGAAAUUAACUACCAUUGGUUUGAUUCUUUGAGAAGUUUCCACACAGGUGUUUAUAUGUGCAUAUACAUCGAAUCCAAGUUUCCCAGUCGAUUUUCACAGUCAGAUUUGUUUGUUCUUUGCCAACUUUCUCCAGGUUUUUAGUAAUGAAAAUGAAUUUGAUUUGUAGUAUUUCAAUUCAAUACUAAAUCAUGUUCCAAAGCAGAACGGGGACAUUUAUGUAUCAAAUGUCUUUUUAUUAGUGUCACAAUAGAUGAAUAUGAAUGUCAAGUUGUGAUGGUGGCCUGUUCCCACAUGGAAGCCAAGAUGCACUUCAGCCAAAGGUUAUAGUUUCUUAAUCUUGGUGAUGCCUUGCUGCGUAUGAUGAAACUUGCAGAAGAUAUCUUAUAAAAAAAUAUAUUUCUGCACUAUAUCAAAGUGAAUAGGAUUUCUUGAAAGAAAAUGUAUGCAGUGAAAACAAUUAUGCAAUACAGUUAUUUCUUUAGCAGAACAAAGAAAAAGAAUGUUGAGUUUUGCCCAUGUUUUAACAAACCCCACCACCCAGCUGCCAUUGUAUUUGUUGCAUAAUAUUUGUUAUUUAUAAGACUUAUGCUGUUACCUAGAUGGAUUUUUUUUAGUAUUAAAGUGCCUUUCUACCUUAAAACAUGAGAUCAGUCCUUGUCUGUUCCUCUUCUUGCACUAGAAUUGCUGCAUUAGUGCAGCAGAAUGUAACAAAGGCAGACCUCACAGUACAAACUUCUGAACGUGAAAGAAGAAUAAUUGGUCUUCCUAACACUGCUCCUGUUGACACAACUUGUUUUGCUCCACCUUAAAGACAGACACUACAGAACAGCCGGCUCAAAUCUUGUCUCUAACAGAAUUUAGCGGCUUGUUAAGGAAGCAAAGACAUGUUUCAUGAAAUCUACCAAAUGCAAUAUCUCAAACCUGUCUGCUACUGUCCUAGUUGUUGUUAAAAAAUGUUUCUGUGGGUUGUUUUUAUUUCUGUAAAAAGUACAAUGCAAGCACAUGUAAAUAAGUGACAUUUGUAAAUGCAAGGCGAAGAUAUGAAUGUUAACAGCGGUGUUUUGUGGGAGAUACUCUACAUUUGGCGCCCACUGCUAAGUCUCGCAGUACUCUGUGUAUGAAAAUGAAUGUUUUGUUUUUGUGUUUUUUAAAGGGGAGAAAUUUCUUUUGUUGAUUUUUUGCAUGGUGAGCUUGCUCUGCUACUGCGGUACUUCCCAAAUAUAUUGUAUGUGCCUUAUAUUUUUUUCUUUUUUUAAAGAGAUAGGACAAUCUUGGGUUGGGGUAAAACUUUCUCCACUUUUUGGUGAUGGUACACUAAGCAUGUGACAUUUGUGUGUUUGAUUGUUUCAUACAAAACACGAGCUGUAUAGUACUGUAAUAGGAUUUUUAAGCUUGAAUGGUCUUUUGUUUGUAUUCUGAAAUGAUUGGAACUUAUUUUUCUAAACAUUAUAUCCCAUUAAAACUUUAUAUUUAUAUAUACAGUACACUGCAGUGGCCUUAGCCUUCUUUAUUGUACGACCCUUGAAUCUUCACCGGUCACCUCUGUGUCUUUUAAAUAUAUAAACAUAAAAGGAACAAUAUAUUUCUAGUCCAGUAUUCAAUCAAAUUCAUCUUUCUCAAAUACAUGCAUGACUUCUUACCAAAGACAGUGCAAAGGUAAAUGCUGCUUUAAAUGACCACAUUGUAAAACAGAGUUUUAAAGUUACAUUAAAAAAAAAAUCAGAGGCAAUAUGCGCAUCCAAAGGGAAAAAAAAAUCAAAAUUACAAUAUGAUACGCUGUGUUAGUGCAGCACAAUGCAACAAGACAGAUUUCAUACUUGCGACCUCAACUCUGUAAUGGUUAUUUCUGUUGGAACAACAGGUAUAAUUCAACAGGAAAGUGAUCCAGUCAGCUCCUGUGCAUACUAAUUAACAGGCAUAAAAAUGAACAUUUUGACAUCCUGUCUCUACAUACACAAUGCAUUUACAGU